AAAUGAAGUUAAAACCGUUCGCAGCGUUCUUUGUAUAUCAAUGCCAGUGAGAGAAACUCUCUCUUCCUUUCUUUAGAAUCCCUAUUGCACGCUUUUCAAUCCAGCUAAACAAUGGCCAACAGCAAUCUCCCUCGAAGAAUCAUCAAGGAAACGCAGCGUUUGCUCAGUGAGCCAGCACCUGGAAUUAGUGCGUCCCCAUCUGAAGACAAUAUGAGAUAUUUCAAUGUGAUGAUCCUGGGACCAACCCAGUCACCGUACGAAGGAGGAGUAUUUAAGUUAGAACUAUUUUUGCCAGAAGAAUAUCCAAUGGCUGCUCCGAAGGUUCGGUUUUUAACAAAAAUAUAUCAUCCAAACAUUGAUAAGCUUGGCAGAAUAUGUCUUGAUAUUCUGAAAGACAAGUGGAGUCCUGCUCUUCAGAUUCGUACUGUUCUAUUAAGCAUACAAGCUCUAUUGAGUGCACCAAACCCAGAUGAUCCACUUUCUGAAAACAUUGCCAAGCAUUGGAAAUCUAACGAGGCCGAGGCUGUUGAAACAGCGAAGGAAUGGACCCGAUUAUAUGCUAGUGACGCCUGAUGAUAAGGUUCAAAAUAUGGCUCCAUAAUAACAAUUGUAACCAACAUUUUAUACUGGAAUUCUAGCGGAUCUAUGAAUUAUCGGAGUUAAUAUCCCCGGCAGCUUCCAGUUACCUGUUAAUUUCUUCUCUUGGGAUCUGCCAUAUCUUGAAACUUGUAUGAAUAGACGUGUUAAUCUUUUACUUCUCUAACAAUUUAGAACGUGCUUCAAUCAUCGGCUGUGAAGUAAUUUGUUGUUCUGAACUCAACAUCAAAGGCCAAAGUUUGCGAAUUAGUUUAUGUUCUCUUUAGCUUAAUGAACAACCAUGCCAUGAUUUGUUGAGUUAGUAA